CGCGCGUCCCCACCGAGACGUCGCCCUCGUCACCGAUCUACACGCACCGCCGCGAAACCACGCACACGUCAAGAUGGCUGACGACAAGCCCGUCGAAGAGGACGAGGAGCUCCUCGACUACGAGGAGGAGGAGGUCGCGGCCGACGAAGGCGCGGGAGCCAAGUCCGGCGAGGCUGUGAAGAAGGGAUACGUCGGGAUCCACUCGACGGGCUUCCGCGAUUUCCUCCUGAAGCCCGAGCUGCUCCGCGCGAUCGUCGACUGCGGCUUCGAGCAUCCCUCCGAGGUUCAGCACGAGUGCAUCCCCCAGGCGAUCCUGGGCAUGGACGUCAUCUGCCAGGCCAAGUCCGGCAUGGGCAAGACCGCGGUGUUCGUGCUCGCGGUCCUCCAGCAGCUCGAGCCCGUCCCGGGCGAGGUUGGCGCGCUGAUCCUCUGCCACACGCGCGAGCUGGCGUACCAGAUCAAGCACGAGUUCGAGCGCUUCAGCGCGUACCUCCCCGCGGUGAACGUCGCCGUCAUCUUCGGCGGCGUCAACAUCAAGCAGCAGAAGGCGGAGCUCAAGGAGAAGCCCCCGAGCAUCAUCGUCGCCACCCCCGGCCGCUGCAAGGCGCUGGCCAAGGACGGCGACAUCUCCCUCAAGCAGUGCGGCCACUUCAUCCUCGACGAGUGCGAUAAGAUGCUCGAGCAGCUCGACAUGCGCGCGGACGUCCAGGAGAUCUUCAAGAUGACCCCGCACGACAAGCAGGUCAUGAUGUUCUCCGCCACGCUGUCCAAGGAGAUUCGCCCCGUGAUCAAAAAGUUUAUGAACGACCCUAUGGAGAUUUACGUCGACGACGAGACCAAGCUCACCCUCCACGGCCUCGUCCAGCACUACAUCAAGCUGACCGAGGCGGAGAAGAACCGCAAACUCAAUGACCUCCUCGACGCGCUCAUGUUCAACCAGGUGGUCAUCUUCGUCAAGUCCGUGCAGCGCUGCACGUACCUCGACAAGCUCCUCACCGAGUGCAACUUUCCGUCCAUCGCCAUCCACCGCGGCAUGUCGCAGGAGGAGCGCCUGGCGCGGUACAAAUCGUUCAAGGAGGGUAACAAGCGCAUCCUCGUCGCGACCGACCUCGUCGCGCGCGGCAUCGACAUCGAGCGCGUCAACAUCGUCAUCAACUACGACAUGCCCGACGGAGCAGACACCUACCUCCAUCGCGUGGGCCGAGCCGGUCGAUUCGGUACCAAGGGCCUGGCGAUCACCUUCCUCUCCUCCGACGAGGACACCGCGGUCCUCGACGCCGUGCACGCGAGGUUCGAGGUGGAGAUCAAGGAGCUGCCCGAGCAGAUCGAUACCUCAACCUACAUGCCCGCGUGAUCACGAGUGGCGAAGGAUUGCGAGAGGGGCGCGGAGAAUGGAACGGGAUCGAUGGGGUUUCGGCAAACCGACGGAUGGAUGGAUGGAUGGGACGAAGAAGAAGAAGAGAGGCGCGCGUCGCUCGGCGGCGGCGACGCGCGACUCGGGAGCCGUCGCGAACGCCUAAUAACGCGUAGUUGUACACAUCUUGAAACAAAGAUACAGAUCUAACAG